CAUUAAUGGCACCAGAUCCGAAUUUAGAGGGCCAGCUACGAGACUUCGAUGACCAGAGGUAUCCUACUGUCGAACAAACAAUUGUCAAUAAUGCAUCAGUGCUAUAUAAACGAAAGAAAUACUUCUUACAAGAUUUAAGACAAUCAGUUAAUGGUAUACUUUAUAUCUUCAAUGGUCUAAUUUUCCUUAAAGACAUGUCUGUCUUAUGCUUAGCAUGUCGGUGCUUUAUUCAACAUACCAUUCAUCAUCCAUCGGUGGGAUGGUCGAUUAUCGAAAAUAAAAAAUCAUUAAUGUGCUUCACCAUUCUACGUAUUAUUUUCCUCAACUUGGUCUUUUUAGUGGUACAUGUCAUAAGUGGAGUUUAUCAAAAGGAACACUUGCUUGAUAACUACUUGCAUGGCUGGAUUACAAUUCAAUUUAUAGGGGAAGGCCCCCCAUCGUCUAGAUAUUCCUUGGUGAUACUAGAUUUAUGUACAUUUUUCCUACAACUAGCCUACCACAGCCUAGUGCUAUGCACCGAUGACUCAGAGGUCUUGCAAACAAGAAGACCCGACAUGAACCUCGAUGGUGACGAUUACUACCUGAAUAGACUUGAAUCCGAAGGUGACGGAUAUACUGGUAACGUUUCGCUCAUCAAGCUUGACUUGGUGAAAAACUUCAUGGAGGUUUUCGACUCGGAGAACUACGGCAAGAUUGAUCCUGGGCCUUUUGUCGGCAGGGGCCCUGCUGGCAGCUCUUUUGUAUAAGUAUUAAGUAUAGUUAAUGUUAAUGUCAUUUAAUUU